UUGCAUCUUGAACAUCGUCUUGAACAUCACAGCUCUGGACUUGUACGGUAACCGCGCAAUAUUGUAUCUUUGUAUCAGCAUGGCGCCGCUAGUUUCGACUCCCGACGUCCAGUACACCGUCUUCGUGCGGCUGCCAUUUCCUCGGGGCGACUUCAUCGAUCCUCCACCUGCGAACUGGAAUGCUGUCAAAGACCGUGCUUUGUGGGAGAUUCUCUCUCGGCCUGCAAGGGAUGAUAUAGACUGGAAAGCAAUUGCCGAUGAUUUUGAUGUCACACUCUCCUUCCUCCUCCAGCAAGCAGCAUGGCUUUACGACCGCCAACUCUCGCAAGUACGAGCCCAGAUGCGCAAGGUUGGCAAUACACAGUCCUCGCCGUCACCCGCGCUUGGCUCAGUAUCUGGAAGUGACGCGCUGGGAGGGCAGGCGAUGAGACGGGCUGGCAGCGGAGGCUCGCGCGUCCCUUCACGACUAUCAGCCCUGCAGAAAGAAAUCCAGCCGAUGCGGCCAGAGAGUUCAUCGUCCACGACUACUAAGGAUAAAUCAUCCUCGGUUCGGACAAGCUCUUCAAACACCGUCAUGCAGACACAAAUCACGCCCGAGCAACCCAUAGAAUACCCAGUCGGGCCUUCAACUAGACGUCCAGCGUCAACUCGAGAGCGACCAACAUUGACUGUUUUCCAGAAAGCCCCGGAAGUCGAGGAAGAGAGCCAAUCCCCGCCACUAUCGUCAGACGAGUCGGAUAGCGAAUCCGAUUCAGACGACGAUGCCCCAAGUCGGAGGAUGCCGGGGGUUCGCCGGUUCGGAAAUUUCUCAGUCCACAAACCUGGCCUGAGGGACGACGACGGCGAUGAUGAGGAUGAAUCGCCCGCUUUCCUUCCUCUCUCGCAUGGCACACCAUCAGCCACUCAGCACAUGACUUCAACCCUUCGCCAGGAAAGCCGGGCCUUUGAAGGGCAGAGACGACAAUUGACCGGGCAUUCUCCAUCCCACAGACGCGAGCUCGCGAGUCUAGACAGCUCCGCCAGCUCCGGCGCCGCUGGUGGCAGCCCACAGCGGCCUUCUGCACCACUUAGCCCGCGACGAGUUGCGAAUCUGUCUCGUCAAGACUCGACGCGGGCGGGUUCGGCGAACCAGAGCAGCGAGGAAACACCAAGCAUGGGCAGUAGUUUUAGUGAUUUGGAUGAUGCCAGCGUUACACAGUCGGCGCUCGAGGAAGCUCUGUUGAGUAAUAUGCAGCAUGGGGGGAUGGCGAGUCGGAUGAGCAAUUUCAGCCAGGCUCUACGUAGCAAGUAUUUAUAGUCUCGACACUAUCAACUAAUAUAUAUAUAUAUACACAAUUGGUGAAUUAUAGAAUUAACAAUUACAGCAUUAGCAUUCAAGCACCCC